AUGAAUAAAAAGAAGAACAAAAUUGAUAAAAAUUGCUCAAUUGAACAUGUUUAUAAUUUUAACCAAAACAAUAUUCUAAACAAUCAUAAACUAAAAUAUCAAAAUCGUAACUGGCGUUCAAUAUGUCUAAUAUUGAUAAUAGUAUUAUUGUACAAUGUGAGGACCGUUGGGUGUGAGUUGGUUGGUUUAAACUCAAAUUUAUCAACUGGUAUAAACCCUGAACUCCUUAGACAGAGCCUUGACUUAGCUGAAAAAUCUAGGAAACGCACUAAUUCCGGACUUCCCAAAAACAAAUCUCAUAAAACUUUUCAAAACACUAGUACCAGUACCAGUACCAGUAGUAGUAGUUACACCAGUGCUGGUAGUAGUGAUAUCAGUAGUAGUAGUGGUAGUGAUGAUAGUGAUGAUGAGGCUCCGGUUAAAACAGAUUCAGGACUUUACAAGAAGAAAGACCUACAAAAAGAUAGACCAAAUCGCAUACUCACGGAUCCUGAAGUUCGUAAACGAAGACCAACCAAACCUCUAUUAAAUAGUCGUUCAGAUAAUGAACCUAGAGAAAAUGAACCCAAAGUUGUUAGGCCUACACCAACUCGACCUAAUGAUCAAAAUCCCCCUGAACCAUCUAAAACUGAAGAUAAACCAGAAACCCCUAAUGAAAAAAUUGGACCAUUUAGUGAAAGAUUAUUCAGACCAAUUUCUGAUAAUAUUGAUUUCAGUAAUCUACCAUUCAAUAGUAACACUACUAGUAAUACUACUAGUAAGAAGGAUAAAUUUAAAAGAAUGACACCACCUAAUUCACCUACAAUAACAUCAGAAUCAGAUGAUUUCGAUUUACAUGAAGUGGAAGUUGUAAAUCAGUCAAAAGUAGAUCCAUCAAUUACACAGGGUAGAGAGAACAUUAUAACCGGUAAACCACAGAUAAGUGGAACUGAAAUACCCGUGGCUACAUCAUUUGAAUAUAAUAGAACAGCACAUGUAUUAGAGCCCAAAUUUGAACAGCCCAAAGUGAUGGGUGGUAUAAUACAAACAUUAACAGAUAAAGAAUCGAAAUUGCGUCGAAUGAAUAAACGCAAACUAAAAAUACAACACGAUCUAACACUAUAUAUAAGUAAAGAAAGUGCAAAUGUAGUGAAUAUGUUAAAUAAUGGUGAAGUAAGUAAACUUCAAAAAGUACAUCCAUUAGUUUAUAUGAGAUUACAACAGGUUUUCCAAACACAAUAUGCCUUGAACCAACUAUUAAAAAAGGAUGGGGAAAAGGUUAAAAUAUAUGAUAAAAAUUGGUAUUUAAAUUCUACGCCUACCGCAAAAGCUUCUUUUAUAGAAGAGAUACGUAAAUACACUAAGGAGCCAGAAUUGUAUGGUAAAUUUAAACAACCUAAAAAAAUCAAAAAAAGUAGAAAAUUACUGUAUGAAAAAUUGGAAUUAUUUCAUAAUGAUUACAUUUGCCAGAGGAUUGUUAGAGAAAACCAAUUUUCGGACAAAAUAAUCCGGUCAUUCGAACAACAAUCUGGCCUAUAUAUAGCACCAAAUUAUCAUAAUUUAGUGCCAGGUCUGGGAAAUCUUUGGUUAAUUAAGAAUUUUGAACGUUAUUAUAUGGAAGCUUCAAGAUCUAAAGUAACGACUUUUAGUAAAAUUGCACCUACUUUAGUUGGAAAAUUCAUGUUAAUGGUAGAAAAUGGUACUGUUCUGCCCUCACCACCAAGCUCUCAAGUUGCUAUUCACUCACUUUCAGUCAUUUUAUCAAUGGUUAUGGAAGGUGUUAGAGAACCAAAAUUGUUUCUUGGUAAAAAGAAAUUUUACGGACUCAUGUCAUUAUGCGAUACGAAAUGUAUACAAACACUGUAUGACAAUGAUAAUAAAAGUGCUAAGAAGGGAGUUAAUAAACGUAGUAUAGUUGGGCGAAGAGCAGUACAAUUUUUAAAAUGGGUACAAUUAUUCCAUACUGAAGACUUAUUAUUAAUUGAUACAUAUGCACAGCGGAUAUUAUUAAGUAUAAUGUAUGCAAUAACCAGGGAAGAUUUUUACAGAACUUCUCCAAGGAAUGUUCAAUUGAGAAUACAGUCACAAUUCAGUACUAAAAAGUCAACACCGUCAUUUCUUCAACAAGAUACUGAUGAUAUAGAUGAACCUUCUUUAUUGGAGAUAGGCCCUGAUGAUCGUGAGCGUAAAUUACGAGAGGCCAAUAAACGUCUAAUCGAAGACUAUAACAAACGACGUCAGCAAGAAUAUGAAAGACGACGUAGUGAACAAUUCGAAAAUCCUCGUAAAGAGUAUACCAGUCGUCAAGAAUAUUUACGUGAUCAAUCUGGCCGUGUCUUAGAUGAGCAAAGUAAAGAAGUGAAUAAACAGAAGGAACAAAGAGCGAGAGAAGCUUUUGAAAAUGCCCUUAAGGGUAGUGAUACUUUUCAAAAAUCUAUGCGCCAAAGGGAGGAAAUUCUUAGACGCGCUAAAUAUAAUUCUAGGGCGCCCGAUUAUGGUGAACAGGAAAAAUCCCUCUUCACUAAUAUUGCUGAUACUAACGCUAAUGAGAAUCCUGAAACUACAGAUGGUGAAAAAAGUAAUACUAAUGAGGAUGUGAGGAGUAGAUUGGAGAAGAUGGGAAAUGUGUAUAAAAAGUUUUAUAAUAUGUUUAUGAGUGGUUAUCAUGAACCAGGAAAAUCAGUAAAUCCUGAAAACACCUCUGAACAAAUCACACCAUUCCAUGUAUUUACCACUGGUAAUAAUAGUAGAGUUAGUGGUAAUGUUGGAUAUGAUGGACAAUUUUUGGAUGUCGUCAAUAUGAUUACUGAACUAACCAAUUUAGCAAAUAAAGAUUAUAAUGUUUAUUAUCAUAGUGUUAAUACCAUUAUUAUGAUACGGUCAAUACAUUUGGCAUUACACUCUUUUGAUAAUAAUAAAACUAAACAAAUUAUGAGUUCGAAAACGUUGGGUAGUCUUUUCCGCUAUCUAAAUACUGAUUCGAAUGGAUAUGUAAUGAAUUUAACCAAACAAUUUCUACCAACCACUUCAUUAACACUACAACUUAUAUUCUUUAUACAAGAAUUAAUAGAACGUUAUAAUCAUGGAGUGCUAGGAUUGGUAAAAACUUUUUUUAAGAAUUUACUAGUUCGUGGUAUUGUUAAGGGCCCAAGCAACUUUAGAAGUCUCAACAAUAACCUAAGCACAUAUGUUAUAUAUGAUGAUAAAAAGUAUAAAGGUACAUUGGAAACUGUAUACCAGUUGGUUAAAGUGUUUAAAGAUACAUUCAUAACUAAAGCAUCCAUACCAAUACCAAUUAUACAAUAUAUUACUAUAUUCUUAUCAUUGUGGUCACAAUCUGAUUCACAAACCUUUAAUAUAUCUGAUCGAACUGAUAACAUUGGUAGGAAAAUGUUCCUAUUGUCAUAUUUGGUUAAUAAAAGAAGUUUAGCUGAUAUAGCAACUGAGAUGAUAUUAAAACAUUGUGCUGGCUUGAAAAUGUUACAUCUGGGUUGUAUAUCAAAAUUAAACAAUGAUAAUAAAGAAUGUAAGGAUUUUUCAGUUCUCCUGAAAAAGAAAAAGGUGCUGUAUAUAAUGAGGAUGAUAGAGAGUACAUCAAUGGAUCCUUUGGAUGUUAUAAGAAUCGCAUCUGAUACUUGUAGAAGAUGUGUGGCUAAUCUUACUGUAAGACCACAUGUGGGAGCACCCACUCUACUACAGUUAGAUCAGAGUUUGGAUGAUGAUGAUGAUGUGGAUGAUAGUUAUUUGGAGUUGAAUGACGAUUCUGAUGGUGAAAAGGUAAACGCUGAAACUGGUGAAUCUCAAAACUCUAGGUCAAAUACCAAAUCAGACUCUGAAAAGAAUAACAAGAAAUGGUAUGAUCCUCUAAAAAAUCCGAAGAAUAUAUUUAAGAAGAAAUUGACACCUGAAGAGGAAGCAUUGAUGUUACCUCAUUUUGUUGAUCGUCUAAUGUUACAUUCAGAAAUAACACAUCGUAUCCACUGUUACUACACUCAAAAGAGUUUAGUAAAAAGAUUAAUUAAAGAAUUGGGAAAAGCGAAAGAUGAACUGGAGAUGAAACAAAUUAUAACAAAUGUAUUUGGUGAAUUUAGAACUAUUGAAAUUAUACAAUCGGGUAUGGCUUCAUCAAUGCAUCAUCUUAUAUGUCCAUUCAUGAUUGAGUCCCCCAAUGAACUUAGAAUACCGCACCAAACAAAUAUAUUACGAUAUGUAAUAGCACAAUUAUGUAAAAAGAAUAAGCUUAAUCCAGUGAAGAAAGAUUUGUUUGAACAAUUUAGGGGCAAAAUUGGAGUAUUAGUGCCUGAUUUGGAAGGAUAUUUGAAGAUAGAUGUGGUCGGAAGUGUUUUUGUGGGAUUAAGAAAGUAUAAUGGCAUAUAUUAUUCUGGUGGUUAUGCACCAUUUGAUAAAAUAGAUAAGCCUACAAAUAUUCUUUUGAAACCCGGUGAAGGAAGAUUGGUGUAUGAUGGUGAUAAUUUUGUACCAGAAUUAGUAGCAUUAAAUGACAUACCAGCUCUAGAAUCAAUCAACAUAAUACAUGAGUAUGAUUAUGACCGUAUUGUAUACCAGAUUAAUACUGGCGGCGGUGAUGGUGCUAGCAUAGUAAUGAGUGAGAGGAAAUUUGCACUGGAAUACCCGAAUUUUAUUAUUAGAGCUCAUGUAUUAAUAACUGCAAAGGCAUUAAUGAGGAUGGGAUUUGAUAUGGGUAGAGUGGUUUGGUGCGGAGAUAAAUAUGGCUGGGUUGCUGAUUUCUCUCUUGAGAAUAUAGUGCCGGUUUCUGAUGUACCUGUUUAUAACGGCCAAUACUGGCUCUUGACAUCGCAAUUAACUGUUAAAGAUGUGGUUGGCAAUGUGCCAAUACGUAUAUUGGACAGAAAUUCACGUAGUUAUGUGGAUAAUUCUACUGCUGAUAGUUCAGUAGAUGAGAAAGGAUUGAAUGAGAUUACUGUCGAGAUAAUUUCUAGUGGUAAGAAAGUGGGCGAGAUGAAGCCUCACAAGGGUGAAGCUGUAGGUGAGGAUGAGGAGGCUUUGGAGAUAUUAGUGGGAGCUGGGGGAGAGAACUUGAGUGCAACUCCUGGUGCGGUUAAGACUGUAAAGACAGCAACUUACAAUCCAGGGACACAUGGUCUCACUUUAGAUUUAGAUAUGCCCGAUUUCAUAAAUGUGUAA